AAUAGUAAGGGAUAUCAAUAUUUUAAUUCUCGUUCAAGUAACUGAUUCAGAAUUCAUUCUGCUGAACGAAGAAUAUGGUAUAAGUUUGUAUUUAAAUUAAGGAUGGCUCACGCGGGUCAGAGUACCCGUAAAAUCAAGGAAUGCAAUGAAUUUCUCACUCAAUUCCAUGCGAUAUCCAGCAAGUUGAAAAAGCGUUUUUUGAAAAAGCCAAAUGUUAGUGAAGCAAGCGAGCAGUUCGGAGCUUUGGCAACUCAAUGUGAACAGAAAGAACUGUGGCAAUAUGCGGGGUUAUGUUGGCUAGCGGCAGCUCGUUGCCAAGGUACAUUGGGAAACGGUCCAUCGGAAAUAAACCUUCUAACAAAGGCAGGAAGACAAUUUCUCAUUUCUGAAAAGAAGAACUGCGACAUUGGGUGUCCGUCCAUGGGCCAGGAAGAUCUACAGGCAGCUGUAAGUUGCUUCGGUCAUGCAUUAGCUCGAAGCAGUGACCAGCCAGGAUUCAGUACGAUGUCAGCUGGAUUAGCAAUGGAGUUAGCUUUAGCUCUUGGCCCAACUUCUGCAGGAAUCCAGCAGUUGCGCACUGCUAUUUCAAUGCAGAAAACACCGCAGGCAAUUAACACACUUGCCUCUUAUUACAUUAAGCAAGGUGAUUAUGUAGGUGCUCUUCAAGUUCUAACAGAGUUCGUGGAUCUAAUUGAGGGAUGUAUCGGUCCAGGAACUAUUUCUCGUGGGAACUACAGUGUUAUUCUACACAGAUGUGAAAUCAGCAGAGUGCUUUUACUGCUUAUAUUACAACCAACACCACAGAGGUUGCCAUCGUCUGUUGAACAAGUCCUAGAAAAAUAUGCUUGGAUUGAAGAAGGAACGAACAGUGUGCCAGGAAUGUGCGAGGACGAACUGUUAUUAUUGCAAUCAUUGGUUUUGGCUUGUCAGUCACGAGACCAUCAAGCUCUACUUGAACUGGAAGGGGAAUUAUGGCCUUACUUGGAUGCGGAACAAAAAGAAUUACUGAGAAAAUUAGUGCAAACAUUAGGUUUUCAAUGAACUUGGUACAACAAAACAUUUUUUGUCUGCAUGUAUAGAUGCAGGAUGAGUUUAGUCAGAAUCAAAUAGGAAACAUAGUACAGAGAUAGUCUAUAGGCAAUGGAAACGACUUUUGAUGAGCUGAUUUUGUGAUAUUGAUCGAACGAUGUGAUUAUCAAAAACGAAGAAAGAAUUCAUUAAGGAAUAUUUUACAGAAAUUAAACGGAAAAGAAUCGCGUCUUGUCCAUUGAAACUGGAGAAUUUGUUCGAUUUUGUUAUCGUAGAUCUGAUUGACUAAGUAAAAGAAUUAUUAUUUUUAUAGUUAUUUACAAAUGUAUGAGUAUUUUAUUGUUAACGUGUUAUUUAGUUCUUAUAUAUCUUUCUCAUUGCCUAUUACACUUCUCACUAUAUUUCUCAUUAC